UACAGUUUAGCUCCGAGCCGGCGUUCUAUAAUUUCGUUGUUUGGGGGCAUCCUCCCUGCCUCUCCUGAGCAGGGAGCCGUCCCUGCUCGCUUUACUGACCUUAGACCUUAGGCCACUCUGGCGCUAAGAAUGCGCGAAGGACCGGACAGCCCUCCGCGCCCCCGGACAGCUAGCCGCGCCAGGCCUAGAACAGCCUCUCCCCACCCCCACGCCCCAGGAAGACAGUGACUAGGCCGGAAUUCUCCUGGUUGAUAAAUGAGAGGCGAUGAGACGCUGCGGGGAUGACUGCCCAGAGUCCGAUUUGCAAGAAGCGCAUCUCUAACCCACAUGGACUAUGGAGAUGCUUUGGGCAGCCGAACGGAUGGGGGCGAUGGGAUGACUGAGCGAUGCUCCCGGGAAAUGGGCUGGAGGUGCCCAAAGAGGGAACUUUGAGAAGGCAAACCCAGGCAGCCUCUGGGGAAGCUACCUUGGCGGAGCAGGAGGCUGCCUGUCACCAUGAGCAGCACGUUGUCACCCACCGACUUCGACAGCUUGGAGAUCCAGGGCCAGUAUAGUGACAUCAACAACCGCUGGGACCUGCCCGACUCUGACUGGGACAAUGACACCAGCUCUGCCAGGCUCUUUGAGAGGUCUCGGAUCAAGGCUCUGGCAGAUGAACGUGAAGCCGUGCAGAAGAAAACCUUUACCAAGUGGGUGAACUCGCACCUGGCCCGGGUGACCUGCCGCGUGGGGGACCUGUACAGCGACCUCCGGGAUGGACGCAACCUUCUCCGGCUGCUGGAGGUGCUCUCGGGAGAGACGCUGCCCAAGCCCACCAAGGGCCGCAUGCGCAUCCACUGCCUGGAGAACGUGGACAAGGCGCUGCAGUUCCUGAAGGAGCAGCGGGUGCACCUGGAGAACAUGGGCUCCCACGACAUCGUGGACGGGAACCACCGCCUCACCCUCGGGCUAGUCUGGACCAUCAUCCUCCGGUUCCAGAUCCAAGACAUCAGUGUGGAAACAGAAGACAAUAAGGAGAAGAAGUCUGCCAAGGACGCGCUGCUGCUGUGGUGCCAGAUGAAGACUGCGGGGUAUCCCAACGUGAACGUGCACAACUUCACCACCAGCUGGAGAGACGGGCUGGCCUUCAAUGCCAUCGUUCACAAACACAGGCCAGACCUGCUGGAUUUCGAGUCCCUGAAGAAGUGCAACGCCCAUUACAACCUGCAAAAUGCUUUCAACCUGGCCGAGAAGGAGCUGGGGCUCACCAAGCUGCUGGACCCAGAAGACGUGAAUGUGGACCAGCCGGAUGAGAAAUCCAUCAUCACCUAUGUGGCCACAUACUACCACUACUUCUCCAAGAUGAAGGCCUUGGCCGUGGAAGGGAAAAGAAUCGGCAAGGUGCUGGACCAUGCCCUGGAGGCAGAGCGGCUGGUGGAGAAGUACGAGUCUCUGGCUUCGGAGCUGCUGCAGUGGAUUGAGCAGACCAUCGUGACCCUCAAUGACCGGCAGCUGGCCAACUCCCUGAGCGGCGUCCAGAACCAACUGCAGUCCUUCAACUCCUACCGCACCGUGGAGAAGCCGCCCAAGUUCACAGAGAAAGGGAACCUGGAGGUGCUUCUCUUCACCAUCCAGAGCAAGCUGCGGGCCAACAACCAGAAGGUGUACACGCCCCGGGAGGGCCGGCUCAUCUCCGACAUCAACAAGGCCUGGGAGCGGCUCGAGAAGGCGGAGCAUGAGCGGGAGCUUGCCCUGCGCACGGAGCUGAUCCGCCAGGAGAAGCUGGAGCAGCUGGCUGCUCGCUUCGACCGAAAGGCGGCCAUGCGCGAGACCUGGCUCAGCGAGAACCAGCGCCUCGUGUCCCAGGACAACUUUGGGCUGGAGCUGGCGGCGGUGGAGGCCGCGGUGCGGAAGCACGAGGCCAUCGAGACCGACAUCGUGGCCUACAGCGGCCGGGUGCAGGCGGUGGACGCCGUGGCCGCGGAGCUGGCCGCAGAGCACUACCACGACAUCAAGCGCAUCGCGGCGCGGCAGCACAACGUGGCGCGGCUCUGGGACUUCCUGCGGCAGAUGGUGGCCGCCCGGCGCGGCCGGCUGCUCGUCAACCUGGAGCUGCAGAAGGUGCUUCAGGACCUGCUGUACCUGAUGGACUGGACAGAGGAGAUGAGGGGCCGGCUACAGUCACAGGACCUGGGCAAGCACCUGGCCGGGGUCGAGGACCUGCUGCAGCUGCACGAGCUGGUGGAAGCCGACAUCGCCGUGCAGGCCGAGCGGGUGCGGGCCGUCAGUGCCUCUGCGCUGCGCUUCUGCGACCCGGAGAAAGAAUACAAGCCGUGUGACCCUCAGCUGGUGUCAGAGCGGGUGGCCGCCCUGGAGCAGAGCUACGAGGCGCUGUGCGAGCUGGCAGCUGCCCGGCGCGCCCGGCUGGAGGAGUCCCGGCGCCUCUGGCGCUUCCUCUGGGAGGUGGGGGAGACCGAGGCCUGGGUGCGGGAGCAGCAGCACCUCCUGGCCUCCGCGGACACGGGCCGAGACCUGACCGGCGUCCUGCGCCUGCUCAACAAGCACACGGCCCUGCGGGACGAGAUGAGUGGCCGCCUGGGUCCCCUGAAGCUCACGCUGGAACAGGGCCAGCAGCUCGUGGCGGAGGGCCACCCCGGGGCCGGGCAGGCAGCUGCCCGCGCCUCAGAGCUCCAAGCGCAGUGGGAGCGGCUAGAGGCCCUGGCGGAGGAGCGGGCCCAGCGGCUGGCCCAGGCCGCCAGCCUCUACCAGUUCCAGGCCGACGCCAACGACAUGGAGGCCUGGCUGGUGGACGCGCUGCGCCUGGUGUCCAGCCCCGAGCUGGGGCACGACGAGUUCUCCACGCAGGCCCUGGCCAGACAGCACCGGGGCCUGGAGGAGGAGAUCCGAGGCCACCGGCCCACCCUGGAGGCCCUGCGGGAACAGGCUGCAGCCCUUCCUCCAGCCCUGAGCUGUGCCCCGGAGGUGCAGGGCCGGGUGCCCACCCUGGAGUGGCAGUAUGAGGAGCUGCAGGCCCGGGCCGGGGAGCGGGCACGGGCCCUGGAGGCGGCCCUGGCGCUCUACACCAUGCUCAGCGAGGCCGGGGCCUGCGGGCUCUGGGUGGAGGAGAAGGAGCAGUGGCUUAACGGGCUGGCCCUGCCCGAGCGCCUGGAAGACCUGGAGGUGUUGCAACAAAGGUUCGAGACCCUGGAGCCGGAGAUGAACGCGCUCGCCGUGCGGAUCAGCACCGUGAAUGACAUUGCAGAGCAGCUGCUGCGGGCCAGCCCCCCGAGCAGGGAGAGCAUUGUGGACACCCAGAAGCAGCUCAACCACAGGUGGCAGCAGUUUCGGUCCCUGGCCGAUGGCAAGAAGGCAGCACUGACGUCAGCCCUGAGCAUCCAGAACUACCAUUUGGAGUGCACGGAGACCCAGGCCUGGAUGCGAGAAAAGACCAAGGUCAUCGAGUCCACCCAGGGCCUGGGCAAUGACCUGGCUGGAGUGCUGGCGCUGCAGCGUAAGCUGGCUGGCACCGAGCGGGACCUGGAAGCUAUUGCCGCCCGGGUGGACGAGCUGACUCGAGAGGCAAAUGCCCUGGCCACCGGCCAUCCAGCCCAAGCCCCCGCCAUCCAUGCCCGCCUCGGAGAGGUGCAAGCCGGCUGGGAGGACCUGAGGGCCACCAUGCGGCGUCGGGAGGAGUCUCUGGGCGAGGCGCGGCGACUGCAGGACUUCCUGCGCAGCUUGGACGAUUUCCAGGCCUGGUUGGGCCGCACGCAGACUGCCGUGGCCUCUGAAGAAGGGCCAGCCACCCUGCCCGAAGCAGAGGCCCUCCUGGCCCAGCACGCAGCCCUGCGGGGAGAGGUGGAGCGGGCCCAGAGCGAGUACAGCCGGCUGCGGGCCUUGGGUGAGGAGGUGACCCGGGACCAGGCCGAUCCCCAGUGCCUCUUCCUACGGCAGCGACUGGAAGCCCUGGGGACCGGCUGGGAGGAGCUGGGCCGCAUGUGGGAGAGCCGACAAGGCCGCCUGGCCCAGGCCCACGGCUUCCAGGGGUUCCUGCGUGACGCCCGCCAGGCUGAGGGCGUGCUCAGCAGCCAGGAAUACGUGCUCUCUCACACGGAGAUGCCGGGGACGCUGCAGGCUGCAGACGCGGCCAUCAAAAAGCUGGAGGACUUCAUGAGCACCAUGGACGCCCACGGGGAGCGGAUCCACGGGCUCCUGGAGGCCGGGCGCCAGCUGGUGUCUGGGGGCAACAUCCACGCCGAGAAGAUCCAAGAGAAGGCCGGCUCCAUCGAGAGGAGACAUCAGAAGAACCAGGAAGCCGCCCAGCAGCUUCUGGGCCGCCUGCGGGACAAUCGAGAGCAGCAGCACUUCUUACAGGAUUGUCAGGAGCUGAAGCUCUGGAUUGACGAGAAGAUGCUGACCGCCCAGGACGUGUCCUAUGACGAGGCCCGCAACCUGCACACCAAGUGGCAGAAGCACCAGGCCUUCAUGGCCGAGCUGGCGGCUAACAAGGACUGGCUGGACAAAGUGGACAAGGAAGGGCGGGAGCUGAGCCUGGAGAAGCCCGAGCUGAAGGCCCUGGUGGCGGAGAAGCUGGAGGACCUGCACCGGCGCUGGGACGAGCUGGAGACCACCACCCAGGCCAAGGCCCGCAGCCUCUUUGAUGCCAACCGAGCCGAGCUCUUUGCCCAGAGCUGCUCUGCCCUGGACAGCUGGAUGGAGAGCCUGCAGGCCCAGCUGCGCUCUGACGACCAUGGCAGGGACCUCACCAGCGUCAACAUUCUGCUCAAGAAGCAGCAGAUGCUGGAACGGGAGAUGGCGGUACGAGAGAAGGAGGUGGAGGCAAUCCAGACCCAGGCGAAAGCCCUGGCACAGGAAGACCGCGGUGCAGGGGAGGUGGAGAGGACCUCUCGGGCUGUGGAGGAGAAGUUCAGGUCCCUGUGCCAGCCGAUGAAGGAGCGCUGCCAGCACCUGCAGGCCUCUCGCGAGCAGCACCAGUUCCACCGGGACGUGGAGGAUGAGAUUCUGUGGGUGACGGAGCGGCUCCCCAUGGCCAGCUCCAGGGAGCACGGCAAGGACCUGCCCAGUGUCCAGCUGCUCAUGAAGAAAAACCAGCGGCCCCCCUCCUCUGCCCGCAGCACGCGGCUCUCCAUCCGCCAAGCCCAGGUGGACAAGCUGUAUGCCAGCCUGAAGGAGCUGGCAGGGGAGCGGCGGGAGCGCCUGCAGGAGCACCUCCGGCUCUGCCAGCUGCGCAGAGAGUUGGACGACCUCGAGCAGUGGAUCCAGGAGCGCGAGGUGGUGGCCGCCUCCCACGAGCUGGGCCAGGACUUCGAGCAUGUGACUAUGCUCCAGGACAAAUUCCGCGAGUUCUCCAGGGACACAAGCACCAUCGGCAAGGAGCGCGUGCAUGGCGUCAACACUCUGGCCAACGGGCUCAUUGCCGGGGGCCAUGCCGCCCGGGCCACGGUGGCCGAGUGGAAGGACAGCCUCAACGAGGCCUGGGCUGACCUGCUGGAGCUGCUGGACACGCGGGGCCAGGUGCUGGCGGCCGCGCACGAGCUGCAGCGCUUCCUGCACGGGGCUCGCCAGGCGCUGGCGAGGGUGCAGCACAAGCAGCAGCAGCUCCCAGAUGGGGCGGGCCGCGACCUCAACGCUGCCGAGGCCCUGCAGCGCCGCCACUGCGCCUACGAGCACGACAUCCAGGCCCUCAGCGCCCAGGUCCAGCAGGUGCAGGACGAUGGCCAGCGGCUCCAGCAGGCCUAUGCUGGGGAGAAGGCGGAGGAGAUCGGCCGCCACAUGCGGGCUGUGGCUGAGGCCUGGGCCCAGCUGCAGGGAAGCUCGGCCGCCCGCCGCCAGCUGCUGCUGGACACCACAGACAAGUUCCGCUUCUUCAAGGCCGUCCGCGAGCUCAUGCUGUGGAUGGACGGCGUCCACCUGCGGAUGGACGCCCAGGAGCGGCCCCGGGACGUGUCCUCGGCAGACCUGGUCAUCAAGAACCACCAGGGCAUUAAGGCCGAGAUCGAGGCCCGGGCAGACAGCUUCUCCACCUGCAGCACCAUGGGCCAGGAGCUGCUUGCCAGGGGCCACUACGCGGCAGAAGAGAUCUCCGAGAAGCUUUCUCAGCUGCAGGCCCGGCGCCAGGAGACAGCCGACAAGUGGCAAGAGAAGGUGGCCUGGCUCCAGCUUGUUCUGGAGGUGCUGGUGUUUGGCAGAGACGCUGGUGUGGCGGAGGCCUGGCUGUGCAGCCAGGAGCCGCUGGUGCGCAGCGCAGAGCUGGGCUGCACAGUCGACGAGGUGGAGAGUCUCAUCAAGCGCCACGAGGCUUUCCAGAAGUCCGCGGUGGCCUGGGAAGAGCGCUUCAGCGCCCUGGAGAAGCUUACCACGCUGGAGGAGCAGGAGAAGGCGAGGAGAAGAAAGGAGGAGGAGGAAGAGCGGAAGAGACAGCCCCCUGCUCCUGAGCCCACGGCCACACAGCCAGAAGCGGACCUGGUGGACGGCCAGACGGCUCCUGACGCUGCCUGGGACGGGGCCCACCCACGGCCGCCGUCAUCCACGCCCACCGUCAACGGGGUCUGCACGGAUUCCGAGUCCUCCCAGCCUGUGUUGGAGCAACAGGGGCUGGAGCAGCGCAGCUUCCCCGAAAGGCCAGCAUCUGGUGCCGGAGAUGAGGCCAAUGGGCCCCGGGGAGAGAGGCAGAGCCGGCCCCGGGGCCCGCCCCCACUCGCGAUGCCCCAGAGCAGGUCCUCUGAGUCGGCUCACGGGGCCACCUUGCCCCCUCGCGCCCCGGAGCCCUCUGCCCAGGAACAGAUGGAGGGGCUGCUGUGCCGAAAACAAGAAAUGGAGGCUUUCGGCAAGAAGGCUGCCAACAGGUCAUGGCAGAAUGUCUACUGCGUCCUGCGCCAUGGGAGCCUCGGCUUCUACAAGGACUCGAAGGCGGCCAGUGUGGGCGUGCCCUACCACGGAGAAGUGCCUGUCAGCCUGGCCAGGGCCCAGGGCAGUGUCGCCUUUGACUACCGGAAACGCAAACAUGUCUUCAAGCUGGGCUUACAGGAUGGAAAAGAGUACCUAUUCCAGGCCAAGGAUGAGGCAGAGAUGAGCUCGUGGCUGCGGGUGGUGAACGCAGCCAUUGCCACCGCGUCCUCUGCCUCUGGAGAGCAUGAAGAUCCAGUGGUGUCCAGUGCCAGCCGGGGCAUGACCCGGGCCAUGACCAUGCCCCCAGUGCCAGCGGUCGGAGCUGAGGGGCCCGUGGUGCUCCGCAGCAAGGACGGCAGAGAACGAGAGCGGGAAAAGCGCUUCAGCUUCUUCAAAAAGAACAAGUAGUUGGGGGCCAAACUCCCAGGACAGCUCCCUCCCUCUGCUGGGGAAACUGCCAGGGACUGUCGACAGGGACCACCCUCUUGUCAGGACAACUGCCUGCUGCUAGGGUCCUUUGCCAAGGCCAACCCAUCACCAGGAACUGUCAUGGGGACUCCUCAGAGUCUCCCAGGGCAGUCCUUCUGCUAUUUAAUUCCAGACUGGUGGUGGGCCCCAGGCAAGCCCCAGUUCCACUCCCCACCUUUACUUC